AUGUCGACCAACAAGCUCAAGUUGAAUGCUGAAAAAACGGAGUGUGUUGUGGUUGGACCAAAGUCAAGGCGUUUAGAGUCCGGACUCACUACCUUGGUUAUUGGAGAUACUGAGGUACCAGUGUCAGAGAUUGUCAAGGACCUGGGUGUAAUCUUGGACUCGGACCUCUCCACAGACAGUCACAUCAGCCAAAUAACCAAGAUGUGUUUUCUUCAGUUGAGGAACAUCAGCAACAUCCGGAAAUAUUUGACCAAAGAAUCAGCCAUCAUUCUCAUACUGUCCUUAGUCAUGACAAGGAUCGACUUCUGUAACAGUCUCCUUGUUGGAGCCUCUGCUGUGCAGAUAAAUCGUCUCCAGCGUGUACAGAAGUCACUCGCCCGAAAACAAGACCAUAUCACUCCAACCCUGAAGGAUCUACACUGGCUUCCAGUGCAGCACAGGGUUACUUUCAAGAUCCUCUGCUUAGCCCACCGGUGUCUGUCCGGCGACACUCCAGGCUACCUACAGGACCUCCUGCCUAUCUACUCUCCCACUCGAUCCCUACGCUCUGAGUCCAAGCUUCUGUGUCGCAUUCCCAACAUCAAGACUGUGAGAUAUGGCCAGCGUUCCUUCUCAUAUGCAGUGACAUCCGCGUGGAACAGCCUCCCAGAAUCAAUCAGAAGAUCUCUAAAUCUAAUGUCUUUCAGACGUCAACUCAAGACCUAUCUCUUUCAACAGCUCUGA